CGUCAAUAAUGUCAGACUGACGUAUAUUGAAUUUUGCCCAGAAGUAUCUUUGACAUUUGGGUUGUGCAUUAUCUGAAUUUUUUAUAAGAAAAAGAUUCUAAUUUCUAGAUGAAAGAUGACUUACAAGAAAAAUAUACAUAAAACUGAUAAUUACUGUAAAUACCACUCUGGCAAAGAUAUCAGAGCAUAACCAGCUUAUAGUUAACUGGACAAUAGACGUGCAGUUAUGUGCAACUCAGAAAUAUUAGUUUAUCAACAGGAUAGUUUUUCUCAAGAUGGUGCUCAAAGAAAAAAGAAUAUAUCUCUAAAGCACGCAUAACGAAAAUGUUAGAGGAACAACAAAUGGGUUCUCAGACGUUAGAAAUACUCAGGCAGGGUGUUUGGGCCUCCUUCACUGGAGGGUGGUUCUAUGAUCCACACCAGGAUGUUUUUUGCAACACCUUUCACUUGUACACUUGGCUGUUCCUUUUAGGAUUUCCAUUCGUUAUAUAUGUGUAUUUUCCUCCUGCCUCUUUCAUUUGGUGUUUCUACUGUGCGGCAGUAACAGUGGCACUAGCGUGUAUAAAACUAGUUAAUUUUGGACUUCAUCAUAUGUAUGAUACAUCAGAAUGUUUUCAAGAAGAAGUAGAUGGCUGGGACUGCAAAAAAAGGGAGGAUGAAGGUAUUGAAAUGCAAGUUCUUUCGAACAAAACAAGUCUACCAUCGUCUUCAGGUUUGAGACCUGCUAUGUAUUCAGAAGGUAACAUACAUACUAGUCAAAUAACAGAUGCAGAGAGUUUAGAGUCGACUGAAUUUAGACAGCUAGAGGUUACUGAGGGUGGUAAAAUGGCUAGCAGCAGAAUAGCUUUUUUAGAUUUAAAAGCAGAGGUUCACCGAAAGAACUCAUCUGGAAGUAGUGAAGAUACAGAUACCCCACCGAUAGAAGAAGCUCACACUCAUAGUGAACGUAUGACAUCUAAGCAGCAAAGAGCAAAACAUCAGCGAUCCAAAACUGAUGGAUUUGUGACAUUUACUAUUAAGGAUGAGACGAGUACUAAUUCUGCUUUUUGCAAAUUGUAUCCUAAGGGAAGCAUCGAUUCUCAAGAGAGCGGCCUUCUCCAUCAAAGACCUUCUCUGCAAAGCAUGGGUUCCGAGCAAAGCACCUCGCAAUACAUGGAGGGCGGCAGGAGGCAUUCAAACUUCACCAACAGCAGCCUCAGCUACUUGCCGUCUACCGUUCAAACGGAAAUUAAACCGACGGGGUCGUUGGAACUGGGCAUUAUCGACAAGAACCCCAAUCAGGCCCUCACCUCUGAAGGCUUCUACUUCAAGUCGGACGGUCGCAGUGCAGGCGUACGUCGCAUACGCUCCUCAGUGUUGGAGACUUGUUGUCCGGCUCCUUCGAUGGCUAUACAUCCGAACAGCACUGAAAUGGUCGGCAGUAAGGGUGCCCGCAACCCAUUACCUCCGCCAAGUACCAGCCUGACUCGGAACCAACAUCUCAAUUUAUGCCCCUACUAUGGUUCGGAGAUCGUGUACCCCAUUGCCGAGCAGUCCGAUGAACAUCAGACCUCGCACGGUCCUGACACUGACAUGGAGUCUUUGACUCACGUCUCUGAUUCGGAUUUUGAAGAGAACAAUCAAGGAAGUCACUCUCCUCUACUGUACAUAAAGCUGAAAAAAUUGAAAAACGUGCCUUACAACGAAAAGCAUCAAUCAAAACCGUCGCCAAAGCUAGCGGAUGAAGAGAGAACCAGCGCUACAUCCAAAGAUGCCUUGUUAGAUAAUGAUAAUUCAAAUUCUAGCAUCACUGCCGAUAUGCAGGAUGCACAUGGAGACUGCUACAAUACUGACAACGACGUCAGUGACAAGAAGCUGAGCGAGUGUUCAAAUCUUUCGUGCAGCAAUACUAGCGUGGAAUGUGAGGAGAGGGCAAUCGAAAAACGGACAAAAACUAGGCCUAAGCACAGUGAAAAGCUGACCAGAAUCAAACACAGCGAUGAACCCGACUAUAAACUGUGUGAGAGCGUCCAACCUGAAAAACCUGAAAGCAACGAAUGCACGAUAGUUAGAAAAAGAAACAUUCGGAGGAAUAGGAGAAGAAGAGGUAAUGCGAGAAAGGCGGGGGACGGAGGGAAUUUUUCUAGUCUAGCUGAAUUAGAUUUGGAUUGGUUAUUCGAAGAGAAUCAUGGAUUGCAGCAUAGAAAAGAGCCUCUGAAGCGUGAAACUGAAUGGUCGAGUGCGACAACAGUAUCCCUGGAGCACGACGUGAGCAAAGUUCUACAGGAAACGGUACCCGCCGCCAGGAGUUUGGGCGCCAUUCCGAAGAAGAGUCGCGCUUCGACGAGCCAUGACGUUCAAGGCAGCAAAAGGCCACCUAGAAGCGAGUCUGAAAAAUGCAGCAUAUGCAGAUGCAAGCCGUUGAGGAAAGAAGAACGUAGGCGGGAAAGACAUGCUAUGAAGGAGAAUAAGGUAACACAAACUCUAAGGCAGACUGAUAGUCCUAGUCCAAUAGAAGGCUUGGAGUGCAUAGUAUACGCAACGCCAAAAAUAGUAAAAUCCAGCUCGUCCAAGAGGGGUUCAACAAGUAAAGAGAGCAAACAUGAACAAGCAAGAAAUGAAGAAGCCUCAUCCAGUGGUUCAAAUAAUGAACUCAGCAGUCUCCUUCCAGCAGCUCCUUUACUUUCAGCUUUUUUAAACAGCAGAAGGGAGAUUCCAUUGUCCAUAUCGGGUCCCGUGGCUGAGAUUGUUCUUCCAGAUCGACCUGUCAAUAGGGUGAGACUGAAACGAAUAAACCGACUGAAUCGUCGUUUAACUAGUCAAAUAUCAAAGAAAGACUGUGCAAUCGCCAGUUCCCUCUCUGCUGGUUACGGGACCCAUAGUGCGAAGAACUUCAAUGAUACCAGCGAUGGAGCCGUACAUUGCUUUUUAGAUGAACAUAACAACUGGAUUACGUAUACUUUCGAUGAAAAACGUGGUGGAACAGCUAAUAGUUUCCAUGAAGAUAGAGAAAGUGGCGACAAAGUUACUUUACGGCGAAGACAAAGCGAUACAGCUGCAACAAGUAAGAGUAACAAAUGCGCAGUAGAUCCUUGGGAUAGCAACAGUACUGAUUCUGUUUGCAACAGUUCUGUUUCAACUAUAUUGGAUGUGGCUGUGCGGAAGUCCACUGUAACGUCGAAUGCGAGUAGUCUGAACGCACCAAUCGAACAAGCUAGCAGAUUGCACCGUUCCAUGGGAGAAUCAAGUAGACGACAAACAGAUCAUAUAGAAAACAUCAUCGUAGAUAUGAACAUAUCUCGAAUAGAUACUGAAGGAGAGGAAAAAUGUCUGCACAACCGUUUCAAGAUCAUCCAACCCGCCGAUGCAAUCAAUAACAACUUCCCGCGUAUCAACAACUACUACAAGUUGAAAAUAUCACCCUGGUCAUACGUCAAGGUCACUCUGGAUAGACUAAAACUACUCGCAUUGCUGGACAGAAACCUCACAUUGGGUGAAACGAUACUGUCUGUUAUCCUCGGUAGUAUGGUGGCUAUUUUAGGAGCCGCCUUGCUGCAUGGAAACUUCUAUUAUGACAUGUUAGCAUUUAUCCUGUGUCUCGUGAUCGCGAGCUGUCAGUAUUCAUUGCUGAAGAGCGUUCAACCAGAUGCAGCAUCCCCAACUCAUGGUUUCAAUAUGGUGAUCGCAUAUUCAAGACCUGUGUACUUCUGUAUCUUCGCCAGUAUUGUUUUGAUGCUAGAUUCGCAACUGCAGAAGCCCGUAGAUUACAAAUGGGAAGAAUGGACGUGGUCCAGUCAACAAACCCUACUGCUAAGCAGAGACUUUUUGCUAAACUUCAUCCUAGCGUUCCCUAUCCUGUUUUCAUUCGGACUGUUCCCGCAAAUCAACACGUUUACAAUGUACCUUUUAGAGCAAAUUGACAUGCAUAUAUUCGGCGGGAACGCCAUGUCCAGCUUAUUGGCGUCAUGUUACUGUGUGUUCCGCUCUGUCCUGUGUGUCAUCAUACUGAACGGGUUGGCGUUUGGCAGUCUCAGCGAAUCUAAGGGCUCUCAACAUGUGCUGUUUUCCAUAUUCUGUGGUUGUUUGGUGGCGUGCAGUUAUCAUUUGAGUCGCAGUGCAAGUGAUCCCACGCAUGUCUGGAAUAUAUUCAAGAGGCACCUGUGGUUACUGGAUGUCUAUCGAGAAAGUGAGGAAGAGAGCGAGAGGCGAGCUUCUUCAGAAGCUUGUGUUAAGACGAAACCAAAAUCACAUGACCGACUGAAACCGCCCCCUAAAACUGUCCGCUUCCCCAAAGACAUCAAAAACAUCAACCCGGAAGAACACGAAGACCCGCUUCCCUACAAACUGCAACAAACCGUCAACGCCCGUCUCACCAACGACAUGAUCGUCUGCACUCUCAUCGUCAUCCUGGUGUCCGGCAUCCACGCCAGCACUGUGUUCACGGUGUUGCAACCCGAGCUGAGUCCGGUCCUGUGGUCGAUUUCAGCCAAUAUGGGCUUCGUACUGCAUUAUUUGAUACCGCAGCUGAGGAAACAGUUGCCGUGGUUGUGCAUCGCCAGGCCGAUACUGAGGAGUCACGAGCAUGACCAGUUUCAGAUUAGGGGGCGCGCCAGGAUCAUGUGGUUCGAAAAGGUGUACCUGUACCUUUGCUUUUUUGAAAGAAACAUACUCUAUCCCCUCCUUUUCCUCUCCAUCUUAACAGAAGAUUCUCCGAAGAUCGUAGAGAACUACGGAGCAUUGGGUGGUUCUUUCAUAGUAGUGAUAUGCGGUAUGAAAUGUCUAAGAAGCAGUUAUUCCGACCAGAAUUCCCAGUACUUGAUACUCAUCUUCACUGUGCUCUUUUUCAAAUAUGACUACAGCUAUAUUCACGACGCCUUUUUGAUUGAAUACUUCUUCAUGAGCAUCAUUUAUCAUAAGUUCUACGAACUGUUACUCAAGGUCCAAUUCGUCGUAACUUACAUCGCGCCAUGGCAGAUCACAUGGGGUUCCGCCUUUCACGCUUUCGCUCAACCGUUCUCCGUACCUCAUUCGGCCAUGUUAUUCCUUCAGGCCAUCAUAUCCGCCAUUUUGUCGACGCCCCUGAAUCCAUUUCUGGGCAGCGCCAUUUUCAUUACAUCUUACGUACGGCCAGUAAAAUUUUGGGAACGUGACUACAACACAAGGCGCGUGGACCACUCUAACACACCGCUCUCGUCGCAUUUGGAUAGGAACGUUGGUGCUGAUGAUAACAAUCUCAACUCGUUGUUCUAUGAACAUCUAACGCGGUCACUUCAACAUUCACUAUGUGGCGAUUUGAAACUCGGAAGAUGGGGUCCAGUCAACCAAGGCGAUUGUUUUGUAUUGGCGUCUGAUUAUCUGAACUGUCUGGUGCACGUAAUUGAGCUGGGUAACGAUUUAGUGACGUUUCAAAUGAGGGGGUUGGAGUUCAGAGGUACAUACUGCCAACAGAGGGAAGUGGAAGCUAUCACAGAAGGAGUGGAAGAAAAUGAUGGCUGUUGUUGCUGUGAUACAGGUCACCUGCCCAAUAUGCUGAGCAUAAAUGCAGCAUUUAGUCAACGAUGGCUCGCUUGGGAAGUGACUGCUUCCAAAUAUAUAUUGGAAGGAUAUAGUAUAUCUGACAAUAGUGCUGGGAAUAUGUUGCAUGUUUUUGAGUUCAGAAAAAUGUUAGUUUCGUAUUACGUUAAGAGUAUUAUAUUUUAUACGAUUCGUUCGCCAAAAUUGGAAGAGUGGCUUUCAAACCAUACGAUAUUGAAGGCUUUAUCUCCAGUAUCAUCUAGGAGCUUUGUGGAUCUAGAUCCCAUAUUCAAUUACAACAUAGAUGAGGAUUUCGAUACGACCAAUAGUGGUAUAACAAAAAAUAGUUUCAUGCAGAUUCAUGGAGAAUGGAUCAACUAUUGUGUAGAGAGAAGUGAGAAGAACAUCGACUGUGGGCCUAGUUCUACGUUGAUGCUGUUAUGUUUUGCUCUGAGUUUAUUAGGUAGGAGAGCGCUAGGAGCGGCUACGAACUCGCACUCUACAGUAGAAUUCUUCCUGUUCUGCCUGCACGCCCUGUUCAAAGGCGACUUUCGUAUCGCGUGCGCGCGCGACGAAUGGGUCUUCAACGACAUGGACCUGCUGCGCACUAUCGUCGCGCCGGGUGUGCGCAUGUCACUCAAACUGCACCAGGACCAUUUCAUGUCGCCAGAUGAAUACGAGGAGCCGGCUGCACUCUACGACGCCAUUUGUCGGCACGAGGAGGAACUGGUCAUAGCGCAUGAAGGCGACCCCGCCUGGCGGAUCGGCGUGCUCAGCGGGGUACCGAGUUUAUUGGCGUUGAGACACGUAUAUGAAGAAGGCUGUGAUGACUUCAAAAUAAUCAUGCUGAAUAAGCGCCACCUCAGCUUCCGUGUAAUAAAGGUGAACAAAGAGUGUGUUCGCGGUCUUUGGGCUGGUCAACAACAAGAAUUAGUGUACCUUAGAAACAGAAAUCCGGAAAGAGGUAGCAUACAAAACGCAAAACAGGCACUGAGAAACAUCAUAAACUCCUCUUGCGAUCAGCCUAUCGGAUAUCCGAUUUACGUGUCGCCAUUGACGACAAGUUACGCUGAGACGAAUGAACAGUACUGCUGGCUGCUGGGCGGGUCGUUGAGCAUAAAGAAGAUCAAGAAUUAUGUCUACGAUGCUUUUAGAAGGAUCCGUAAAAGAUGUGGUGAAGGGUGUUCAAGCGGGGCUGCUAACAGAGAGGAGAUAAGCAUGGGCCACGAAGGUGUGUACGCGAUGACGCCGAUCUCUCCUCUUGCCGCAAACGCGGGUAGCCAAUCAACAGAUGGAUCUCAUUUAGGUGGUAGCAUAGGCCGAGGUUCCAGUCUCAGUAGGACAUCUCUAGGUGGGAACCGUGGAAGUCUGGUAUCUGUGGGCAAACCAACAAGUUCCACGCUGGUAAGCUUGGCAGGCCUUUUUAAAGAAAAGGAUGAAAGGAAUGUGUCACAAACACUGGAUCCAGCGUCCAGGGCAGACGAUAAAUCGGAUAACAACGAUUCAAGUGAAAAGGAGUACGUCACGACAAGAGUUAGAAUAAUAGAUCCAAAUCUUGUAUAUGACGCAAUCAACUUAGGUAGGAGGAUAGAUGUUUCAUGGCCCACAGAAUAUAUGAGGAUACGAGGUGGUAGAUCACAUUGGAAAGAUUGGGUGCCUGAAGUUGGCAUGGAAGGACCUAUUGUCCAUAAAUGGGUCCCCUGCCACAAGGAUCCCAACCGAAGAUCCCACGUCGAUCGAACAAUUUUACUAGUCCAAAUAGAUGACAAAUUUGUUCCUAUUGCUGAGAGCGGAGUUCAGAAUUUAGGCCCAGAGGUAUAGCAUUUAAGGUUACACUCGAAAUUACUUACUAUACACUUAAAUCGUCUCCUUUAUUCUGUCGAAUGGCGACGAAAUGUGAUGUUUAAGACUUACUUUCCAUAUAUCUCAUAGCUAUUGUUAUUUAAUAUCAUUUAUGGACGGAUUAUAAUCGUAGAGUAUUUACGUUUUUCAAAAGUUGUGAAAAAGUGAGCAGAGCUUUUAUUAAAAAUACUAUGACAUAUUUUCAAAAUGACACCAUGUUCGUCGUCCCGCCGCAAAACCAAACUAUAUUUAUUUAAUCUUUUCAGUCAACUUUUGAUGCCAUUUUUUGAUAAUAAUUGAGAUGCUAUAAUACCAGGUAAUCAGGUACCAGAUCUCGUCUUUUAGACUACUUGCGGAUAGGUCCAUUUACCAAUGUUGGAGGGUCACACCUAUUUACAUAUGCAAUCUAUCUUGUAUGUGAACCGUUGAUAUAGAAUCUCUAAGGGAUAUGCCAACAUCUUUGGUCACCGGGUCAGGCCAGAUUUUCACCGUACAAAUCUGUCAAAGUGACAUGCGUUUAUGUUUUGCACAACCUAGCCGGGUUUGUUUCUUUUUUCUUAAUAACGUUCUGAAAGUGCCACUUUUCCUCACGCAUUUCACCUUGGAAAGUGCCACUUUCCCACGCUGCCUCGUUCUCAUCAACUUGCAUGGUGUACCUUAUCGUGGAGAAAUGAAUAUUUCGGAGUAUUUUUGAUAAAAGAAUUCUAUGUCGAUCAACAUAUCACUAGAUACAGAACUGACUGGAAAAUAAUCCUUAAUGUUCGCUUUCAAAUUGUAACAGCAUCAGCACCUAAAGCUUAUAUUUCGGAACAAAUUUAAAAACUUACUAGCUUUCAUAACAAUCAAGUGAAGCUGCAAGGUUGCCUUAAUAAUUAUGAUAGACUGAUUUUUGAAGUGUUUUUUAAUUAUUCCAUUCUGAGACGUAUAUCUUUAUGUUUGCUCAAAUUGCAACAUCAUUUUCACAUUUUUUCAGUAUUUUCUCAUAUAUUGAGCACAACUGGCACCGGUAAGAUUAUUUCUAUCUAAGAGGUAUGGCCUUAUAUCCUUCUAAUGUAAGCCAAACCAAACUUAUUUAUGCGGGUUCACUAGACUAGGUUUCACGUAUAUGGUCCCACUUGAGGGCUGAGCGCUGAUUAAGGGUUGGUCCACCCUUCGAUUUUAAAGAAACGAUCCUUGAGUGACCCUCAAAUGGAGUUUUAACAUUUCCAUUAGGCUAUAGCAAUUUUCAUUACAAGUUUUCACUCUUUUCAAAAUCUUAAAAAUUUCUACUUUUUGAGGUUUUUAAGAUUUUUAUAUUUUCCAAAUUUUGAAAAUUUCUGAUUUCCAUAAUUCAUGGAUAUUUCAAAACUGUAAAAAGUGAAUAUUUUGGAGAUUUUGGAAAAUGUGAAAACUCAUGAUGACAACUGUUAGUUUUUUGUGGAUGGAAAUGUAAAAAAAGAUCGGAACAUUUUUUAAGUAUGAAAAAUUAUACUGAAAAUUUUUAGUCUCAUUGAAAAAUUUCGAAAAAUGUUGAGUUAUUUGAUAAUUUUGUAAAUUCUGAAAAUUGAAAAUUUUAAGUACUGAAAGAUUCGAGAAUUAUGUUGGAGAUUUUGAAAAAUUCGAAGUUAUUGAAAAUUUUGAGAAUUUGUGAUGAUAACUGUUGCAACCUACUGUGGAAUGCAAAAUAUUAAACCCCACUUGAGGAUCACUAUGUGUCUUACUAUCCAUUUCAGCAGUUGAUCAGCCCUUAAUAAGUGGCACUCAUCCCUCACUGGUCGACUAUAAAUGUGGUCAUUACUGUUCAUUAUAAGACUUUUUUUCUGUAGUGCAUCUGAAUCAAAGUGUGAAGUUAUGGGUGGUAAAUGUCGUUUGUUUAAUCUAGGUAUUCUAGUCAAGUCUUCAAGUUUUCUUUCGACUCUAAAUUCAAAAAUUGUUGCAAGGCUAUUGAUAACAAAGAAGCACCCUAGAAGAAUCUUGGACCACUCAUUUAAUAUCGAUGUUAUGCGUUUGUAUUGAAAUGAUUAUAAAUAUUUUUAUGAUCAUUAAUGAACGUAUUCUACCUCACGAUAGCCAACUUAUUGCUAUAUACCCAUGUCCACAAACUAAUCCGUGAUAAAAUGAAAUAGAGAAUAAAACAUAUACACGUACUUUGAAAAAGUUAGUGUCUUUCAUAUAGAUAGCGCCAUCUAAAACACUAACCAUCAUAAAGUAUAUAUGGUAAAACCUCUAAAUUCUCCUAGAUGACGCUACGAUAUCUUAUCUUAAAUAAUUUUUUUAAAGCGUAAAUAUAGCAUUAGGUUUGCUAUUUUCGGGCAGAUCAUGCUAAUCAUUAAAAUGAUACAAUAAAAGGCCAUACUUCUUUCAUAAUGCGAUUUAAUACAGUAUUUGAAUUAUAUUCUCUGAAAGCUUGAACUUAACUCAUAAACCCUGCCGUAUUAAUAGAAAUCAAAGUUUUCUUGUUUCACUAAACCAAAGAUAUUUUUGCAAAUGUCCAUUGAUUAGAAAAUAUAUAUUAGCAAAAAAUUAUAGUAUUUGUCUACCUUGAUAGAGUAUGUAUGAGUAAUCUGUUGUUCUUUAUAUACCUGGUGUUUUGAUCGUUUUUUUAAAUUUCAUUUUAGACAAAUACUUAUUGUUAUUCGAUACUGUAAAUAAUUUAUAGAGGAAUUGUUAUUGCUGAAUGUAAAUACAUUAUUUUAGGUGAUGUACUAUAUGUAAAAUAUUUCUUUUUAUAUAAAUAUGGC